CGGCUCCGGCUUCCUCCUGUUUCUCGCGAGAACCGAGGGCUCCGGCUUCCCGUUCGCCGAGACCCGGGCAGGUCGGCGGCGGCGGCAGCAAUGGCGGCCCCCUUGUCCGAGCGGCUGUUCUCGCUGGAGCUGCUUGUGGACUGGGUACGCCUUGAAGCCGGGCUGCUGCCGCCGCCCGCGGUCGCGGUGGAAGAGCAGGAGCAGGCGGAGGAGGAGGAGGAGGCAUCGCCGCCGCGGCCCUCGCGUGGCCUGUGCCCCGCCGUGGCCUUCCGCCUGCUGGACUUCCCCACGCUGCUGGUUUACCCUCCCGGCGGCCCCGCCGCCCCCGCCCCGGAACCUCGGCCCGGCCUGGUCAGCUUCGGUCGCGGCAAGUCCUGUCUGUUCCGCCUGCACGGCGCCACCUUGCACCGCCUGCUGCUUCGGACGCCGCUUUACACCUUGCUGCUGCAGCUGCCCCCCGGGCGCCCGACUCCCGCCCCGCAGCUCCUAGGAGCCUGCAGCAUCUCGCUGGCAGCCGCGGUGCACAAGGUCCUGGGGCCCGCCGCCUCCGGCUGCUCGCAGGGCCAUCGAGGGAGUUUCCCUCUGCAUGACCGGGAGGGGAAGCGGAUUGGGGACAUUGCCCUGGGCUACCGCCUGACCGAUCUGGGAAGCAGUCUGCUGGGCCAUCUGGAGCGGCCAGUCACUUCCACAGGAGGUGGAGUGGCGGGUGCAGAGGUGCAGAAAGCAGUAGAGGUCAGUUCCCAAACCUUGCCGGGGAGACAGCAGCUGCAGCUGCCAAACUCAGAGCCAAGCCCAAGAGAUGCUGAUGAGCCUCUGGUGGACGUAAAAAUCUCAGGGGCACAGAAGGAUUUGAAAGAAAAAGUUUUCCACAGCAAGACCGACUCUGAUAACACGGGUUCUGUGGAGAAUGGCAAAACUAGCUGUGUUAUUUGUUCAAGUGGUAGCAGCAAGAAAAGUGUUAGCCCCCCAAAUCAGGAAGUCACAGAGUUGGAUGUUGAAACCAACAUAAUUUGCCCUCCUCCUCUGUAUUACACGCAUCUGAGCCACAAAAAGACACCUCCUAAACAGGGUAAAAUCACCAUUGAGCCCCAACUGAAUGCAACUGAGGAACUGGAUGGUACUUUUCUGGCAGGAAAACUUGUAAAUCCCCCAGCACAUACUAACCCUCUAGAACAUACAAAUUCUGAAGCACAUGAGAGGCCUCCAGUGCUUAUAAAUCCUUCACACGUUCAGGAUAUAGGAGCAAGUAAUCAAACUACAGACCGUUCUCAAACUGAACAAAAUAGAAUUAAUACUAUAAGGCAGCUGCCUUUAUUAAAUGCUUUGUUGGUUGAAUUGUCCCUGUUAUACACCCAACCCGUGGCAAGCCCUACUCAUAUACAUCCUCACUUAGCCUGGUUAUAUAGAACUGAAGAUAAGAAGUCACCAGAAUCUUCUGCUAAAUCCACAUGUACAUCUGAAUCUAAGGAUAAGCUUUCUGUGGGGGAAAAUGAAAAGUCAGGGAGUCUUCUGUAUACAAAGAACAAAAGUGAAAAUCUUAAGAAAGCUAAAUGUUUUGAAAAGAAAGGUGGUACCCCCCAAAAAAGAGUUCCAAGGGGGAAACUACUUUAUGGCUUAACAAAUACGCUAAGAUUGCGUUUAAAGCAAACAAAUCCUGGUAUGUUGGUAGUACAUGAAAAGAGAGAACAGUAUAGAAAAAUGCAAGCACAGAUAUUAGGUGCAAAACUCAGAAUUUCAUCAUCCAAAGUUAAGGUAGUAAAUUUUGCAGAGCAACAUCAGAAGCCGCAUCAACUGCCUAAAGAUAAGUAUUUAGAAUCAGAUGCAUCUUUUGCUGAAAAUAGUGGUACCUCAAAGCAAGUUAGUGUUGCUUUUGAUGACCCCAGCACGACUAAAGAAACUCAGCUGAAACGUGCAACUGAAAAGACAGUUGAUUGUGGUGAAAAUGGAACCAGUAAUGAUUUAUUGGAAGAAAUCGUGAGUCCUGCAGACUCCAUUGUCUCAGAAAGGUUUAUCCAUACAAAUAUGGUGGAAGGAAAAGUGGAAAUGAAAGCCCCAAGUCUGUUUGUUUUCCAGCAGGAUGCAGCUGUUGACCAAAUCAUAGUAGGUAAAGAAAUAGGUGACAGGCAGGGCAAAGUUACUGAUAAUGACAUUCCUACUGCUGAUAGGAGUGAAAAUAGUCCAAGUAAAAGCAGUUGCUCCAAAAGCAUCUCAGAACUAAAGUCUUCAGGUGACUUCACCAGCCCUUGCUAUUCUGAAGACACCAGCAGAAUUUUACAAGCUCAUGACAGGAGACACAGUCAACAUACGAGUCAGUCUAGUGAAACAAGACCGUCCAUGAGGAAAAAUGGCAGUGAGAAGAGUUCUAUUCUUAGCCCACCUUUUUCAGCUGGAUCACCAGUGCUCUCACAUAAAAGAUUCCAUAUUUCAAAGACUCAAGGUAGAAGUUUGGAGGAAGCAUCUUAUGUCUCUACCAGUGACUUCUCCUCAUCCCAUUGGACUGAGGAAAAAGAAAACCAGAUAGACCAAAAUAGUAUGCAUAAUUCUAAAGUUACAAAGAGGGAUCAAGACAUCUCUACUAAACUUAAGUCAAGAACUGAUAGCAAGUCCUCAGAAAAAAGCCAGUCACCUCGAACAUCUCAAGUGAGUUCUUAUCUGCCUUCUAAUUUGUCAGAACUAGAACUUAAUGUCCUGGAUAGCAGCCCUUCAGAUCACUUUGAAGAAGACAAUGAUGACAUUUAUUCACUAAACAUUUCCAAGCAAUGCAAAGAUAUUUGCGAAUUAGUAAUAAAUAAACUUCCAGGAUAUACAGUGUAAAAAUAUGUGCUUUUAAAUAAUGUUUAAUGUUUUAUAAUCUGUGUAUGCUGUUAGUGAAACAGUUUUUAAUAGCUCUACAUUAUUUUCAUUACAUAAAUUUAUGUGAAUAAUUCAUUUUAAGAAUAUGUGUUUGUCAUUCCUUCGGUGUUUAAAUAGUAUUCUGCCGUUAAAUCUGACAAGAUUGAUCGUGAAACCACUUUAUAACCUAGGUAAGAUUUAAGUUGUUUAAUAUUAUGAGAAUAAAAAUAUCUUCUUAAACUGUC